AGCCGGGGGAGGGGGUGUCCAUAAGAGGCAUCCCGGGGAGAAAAAGCGAACCGAGAGUCCCCGGGGAGGCUCCACGCCACACCGGGGCGGGGACCGGGUCGCGUCUGUACCCGGCCGAGCCUGAAGUGCGUGGUGCUGUGGGCCACCGGCUGUGAUUGACCCGGGAAGUUACAUUGUUAGGAAGAAAGCAUCCCUGGCUCUCAACCUACUGCAGUGACCGCAUCUGUGCUGCCUCCCCGGUCCGGUGGCCCUCUUUUGGCGUCUCCACACAGGGUAGACCUAGGAGACUGGAGAAGGCCUCCUGACCUUUCACCUGCCUUUUUUGCAUUAGUAUGAAGGCACCCUCCACAAUUCUUUUCCUGACAUGCCUGCCCUUGUAAGGUAAAAACUUCAGUGGGAGCCUUCUUCCUGUAGAGCCUUGUGGUGGAACAUCUGUUUGACCCAUUCAAUGGAAGGAUAAAAGCUCUACCCAGGAACAUGCCGUGAAUGAACGAGACCCGUCAUUAUACUUUCCCCAAGAAGUUGAUUGGAAGUGGGCAAGCCACUCUUAAGUGUGACCACUCCAGGACCUUAACGAUCAGUCGUUGCAAAUCUAGGGAGAAAUUAGAGAUGCAAAUAGUACGGCACUCUGAACAGACAAUCAAAACAGCUCUCAUCUCAAAGAACCCAAAGCUUGUAACACAGUAUGAGAAAUUAGAUGCUGGAGAGCGACGUUUAAUGAAUGAAGCCUUCCAGCCAGCCAGUGAUCUCUUUGGACCCAUUACCUUACAUUCCCAGUCAGAUUGGAUCACCUCCCACCCUGAGGCUCCCCAGGACUUUGAGGAGUUUUUCAGUGAUCCCUACCGAAAGACACCCUGUCCAGAGAAACGCAGUAUUUAUAUACAGUCCAUUGGAGCUCUAGGAAACACUAGAGUUAUCAGUGAAGAAUAUAUUAAAUGGCUCAAGGGUUACUGUGAAGCAUUUUUUUAUGGCCUGACGGUAAAACUGCUAGAACCAGUUUCUGUUUCUGCAACCAGGUGUUCCUUUAGAGUCAAUGAUCAUACACAAAAUCUACAAAUUCAUGCAGGGCAUAUCCUGAAUUUCUUAGGAAAGAAGAAACCUGAAGAUGCCUUCUGUAUUGUGGGGAUAACUAUGAUUGAUCUUUACCCAAGAGACUCGUGGAAUUUCGUCUUUGGACAGGCUUCUCUGACAGAUGGUGUGGGGAUAUUCAGUUUUGCCAGGUAUGGCAGGGACUUCUAUACCUCACGCUAUGAAGGCAAAGUGAAGAAGCUCCACAAAAAAUCUUCCAGUGACUAUUCCAGUUUUGAUAACUAUUAUAUUCCUGAAAUCACCAGUGUUUUACUGCUGCGAUCCUGUAAGACUUUAACCCACGAGAUUGGACAUAUAUUUGGACUGCGACACUGCCAAUGGCUUGCAUGCCUAAUGCAAGGCUCCAACCACUUGGAAGAAGCUGACAGGCGCCCUCUAAACCUUUGCCCUAUCUGCUUACGCAAGUUACAGUGUUCUAUUGGCUUCAGUAUUGUAGAAAGAUACAAGGCACUGGUGAGGUGGAUUGAUGAUGAAUCCACUGACACAACAAGAGCAACUCCAAAGCAUAGUCGUGAGAACAAUGUGAAUUUGCCAAAGCCUGUGGAAGCCUUUCAGGAAUGGAAACAGUGGAUAAUGAAAUGCCUUGCUGUUCUCCAAAAAUAAGUCUUCAGAUAGGAGUAAUAAAAUAAAUACUUGCACAGUGUGCUCUCAUUGGGUGGAGUACCUUAUGGGAAUAAACCUCUUACUGAUUCUGUACUGUGUCAAAAUAGCCGAAUGGAAUCUUUGGAGCUCUUAACCUAAAAGGAGGUUAAUUUUGAAUAUUCCAUAGACGACUCUUACUAGCCUGGUAGGUGGGAGUACUAAAUACAUCGUUUCCAUCUUCAAAUAUGCUUGUUUUACAAGACAGGAUUAACAGUAGCUAUUAAGUAAAUAAAUACUUUUAAAAUCUCCAUGUGUCCCGAGGAAUGCCCUGACCUCCCCAGUGCAGCCUCCUGUGUUGGCCAGCAGUUUUCCUAGGUGCUUCUGGUUUUGGAGACGCGCUAUGCCAACCCGGAGCAGCCCAGCCACGUCUCAGUUGUGAACUUGCAUGGGCUCCUGUCUUUGCCAUCUUCCUUUGCUGUGUGCUUUUCCUACUCUUCUGAGAUGCCUUAUAUUUUAUUUUUUUCUUGCUGUUUUAUCAGUGUAAGCCUGAAUGAAACAGCCUGUGUCGACAUUUAGCAGUUUAACAGUGACCUCGAGGUUUCUGAGUGGAAAUAACAGUAGCACUUGCAGCAGCCUCUGGUAGAGGAUGUUCAUGGCAGCCCUCACCUACGACCGACGAGUCACCUGUGAGGAGUCUUCUAGGUAACCUGUAAUGGCGUUUAUCUUUGCGAAGGCUGCACAUAUUCUAUAGGUGUAGAGCAGGUU